AAUUAACAUUAUGAAUAGAGAUUCGGGACCAUCUUUUAGUCUUUGAUUCUUUCAAUUAGAAAGUAUCAAAGAAUAUGAAGAAGUUCUAAACUUCGUUCCUGAUAGUUUUGACUACGAAUCUGUUGGUUUUGAUAAAAAUAGAUCCAAGCAUGGAAACGAUCCACAUAUUAUGAAGAAAUUGCGGGAAAAGCAUGCCAAGAAGGAUACGAAAAAAGAAAUUUAUGGUUCUAAGAAAAAAGGAUCUAACACUUCUGGAAGUAAAGCUCUCGCUAAGAGAAGAAGAGUUAUUGAAGUUACUUCUAGAGAUGAGCUUCCAAAGAAGAAGCUUUGGUUCAGUCCUUGACAUAAUAUCGAUUGUUGAUUCUGUGAUCAAGUUUACCGCCCGAUGUGAAUUUUGUAGUGAACGUGCUUCUUUCACAUUGAGAAAGACAGAAGAGACGAGGAUGGAGUUGACUGCAGAAGCAGAGGUAUAUAUGCCCGUGUGCCGCAAGCACUAUGUGAGUGAGCAAGUAGUCAAAGAGGUUGCUAAAAGUGCUCUAGAGUUUUAGAAGGUUGAAUGCAACUCUAUUUUGUAAUAUCUCAAGCGCCACUUGUCUUUGCAAUAUAAUAGGGAUAUUGGUGUAACUUUUCCUGUAUGAAGCUUUGCAUUUCCAAGGCCAUUUGCUUAUAAAUAUUAAGCAGCUAUUGUAGUUUCAAGUCUCUCAUCUCUUUUGAAGUCUUUGAGGACAGAGUUGCUUGAUGUAUGUGUUGGUGGGAGGUUGUUAAGUAUUUGGUGAAAUAUUUGAGGUGCGAGCAAGUUAUCUCGUACACCAUAGUUAAAAAUAUACUAUUGUAAUUUCAAGUCAUAUUUUGGGGAGUGUUCCCUCAAAGUAAUGAAAGUGCUAUCUUGAUUAUUGUA